AUGUUGAAGGUUGAUAACAUAAAAAAGUUAUGUGAUGCAAUUCCCCUAGUACUUUUUAUUAAUAUAAAACAUCAAGAACAUCCAAUUCACGUAGAGGCGAUUAAUAUACAACAAUUCAAUAUUUUGUUUAACAACUAUUCUAAGUGUCACAAUAAAAUGAACUCAUGUUAUUUAUUCAGCGAGGAAAAUAUCAAGAGUUUUGAGAACCACAUGGGAGUAAUUUUGAGCUCAUGGGGAAUAGGUCUUGGGUUAUACGAGGAGCAAGGUGGUGAAAGUAUUCAUGCAGAAUUUAAUAAUAUUGGAAGAAUAUACUCAAGCAUGUCUGGCACGAGAAAAUUAGAAAGAAUUACUAUAGUUGAAAAAGCUGAAAGGAAAAAAUAUGAUGAUUUGUUUCAAGAAAAUGCUCUAGCAUACAUUCUAGAUGGUGAAAGUGAUUUUGAGGAUCUGAGUGUGUCAGACUCUGAUUUUGAACCUGAUCUUUCGACUGCAGUUGUAAGCAGUACUAAAAUUGUGCAUGAUAACAACAAUGCCAAUAUACCUUUACACAUUUCGGAGUCUCUUACCCAAGAAAGCAGUACAGACGAUGAUAUGCUUUGUUUCAACUCCUCACCUCCACCCAAAAAAAUUAAAAAUAAUAAAAAUAAAAAGAGUUUAAGAGUUUUGCCACUUUGGAAAAAAGUUCCACUUGAUAAUGACUUAAUUGGUGAUAUUACUUUUCAAGAAGUACCUAUUGAACCUAUUCCAGAUGAAACUACCACUCUAUACGAAUAUUUUAAAAUGUUUGUUGAUGACAAUCUUAUCGACAUUCUUGCUGAACAAUCUAGUUUAUAUAGUUGCCAGUCAUCAGGUACAAGCAUUUGUGUCACAUCCAAUGAAAUAGAAUCGUUUAUUGGUGUUUAUUUUUGUAUGGGUCUUGUGAAACUACCAUCAGUGAGAUCUUAUUGGGAAAACUUUAUGAAUUAUGAUGGAGUAAGCUCAGUAUUAUCAAGGAAUAGAUUUCUUUCUAUUCUUCGCUAUUUACACUUUGUUGACAAUUUAAAAGUAACAGAUGAAGUAAAGAAAAAUGAUCGGGCCUGGAAAUUAAGACCUUGGUUGGAAAAACUUAGAGAAAAUUUUUUAAAAGUUUCUCCUGAAGAAAAUCAAUCAGUUGAUGAGAUAAUGGUUGCCUUCAAAGGAAGGUCAUUUUUGAAGCAAUAUGUCCCAAAUAAACCCAAUAAGUGGGGGUUUAAACUUUGGGGUAGAUGUGGUGUCAGCGGGUAUUUGUAUGACUUUGAUUUAUAUCAAGGAAAAGAAAUAAAAAAGAAAGAUGAAUAUUCUCCUCAUGAUGAACUGAAAAAGCGUCGAAUAUGGUAUGUUGGAACAGCACGCCUUAAACGCCUUAACAAAUGCUCAUUGCCUUCAGAAAAAGAAUUGAAAAAGCAAGGACGUGGAUCAUUUGACUAUCGUACUGACACCAUUUCUAAUAACAUAGCUGUUAGUUGGAUAGAUAACAAGGCAGUAACUUUAAUUUCAUCUUUUGCGAGUAUUGAACCAAUCAAUACAGUGAGGCGUUAUGACAGAAAAACCCGCAAAUAUAUUAUGUUUCAAGCUGCAGUAGCUUCUAGCCUGAUAGCUGUUGUAAAAAGUAAAGCUGGAAGACCAUCACUUGAUGCAACACCUCUACCAACCAAAAGACCUGCUGCUGUUCAGAGUAAUCCUACAAAGGAUAUCCGUAAUCAAUACAACUUCUUGAUUGAAUUGAUGAAGGGAAGCACAUCAGGUUUUCCUAUGCUGACAAUGGACAUUGCGGCAGCCGAAGCAGCAUUUUAA